GAUGAUCAGUCUGCUAUGGAUUAGGCUUUUGGAUGAGGCGCGCCAAAACCUCCAGCUUCCAUUCAUGGCGUUCCCUCUAUCCGUUUCCUUUCUCUGCUCCAACAAAAUUUCUCCUCAAUUCUCCCCCUCCUGCUACUACUACCGUUCCACUCGCAAGUCCGAUUCUAUGCUCGCGGUUCGUGUAGGUUUUCUUUGCAAUGGAGUUCCUCGAGAACCGUCCCGCCGUCUUUGGCCGGAAUUCACCCACAUUUUGGCGACAAGGAGUGAUGCAUCAAUGGAGCUAAGGAAUGAGUGCGAUAAUGGUUCGAAUUUGAAGGAAUGGAUGGAGGGAGGGAGAAGGCUGCUGAAGAGUGCCUUUGCAGCUGUGAUUAUUUUUCUUCAGUUGUCAUUCUCAGUACCUUUGAUGGGUCAUGAGUCUUGGCUCACUUUUCCUGCUGAAGCAGUGCUUUAUUCCCCGGAAACUAAAAUUCCUCGGACAGGAGAACUGGCUCUUAGACGGGCAAUCCCAGCCAAUCCAAACAUGAAAGCUAUACAGGAUUCUCUGGAGGACAUAUCGUACUUGCUGAGGAUUCCGCAGAGGAAACCAUAUGGAACAAUGGAGGGCAAUGUCCAGAAAGCUCUGAAGAUUGCAACGGAUGAAAAAGAUUCUAUUUUGUCCAGCAUGCCAGGUGACUUGAGAGAAAAGGGUUCUGUUCUCCAUGCAUCUCUCACAGAUGGGAAGGGCGGAUUAAAAAGCCUUCUUCAAAGCAUCAAGGACAAAGAUGCUGACAGGGUAUCAGUUGACCUCGCAUCUACAUUGGAUACUGUUGCUCAGUUGGAGUUACUACAGGCUCCAGGGUUGUCAUUUUUGUUACCUGAACAAUACUUAUCGUACCCCAGGCUUACAGGAAGAGCUGUUGUUGAAUUUUCUAUUGAGAAAGCAGAUGGCUCAACAUUUUCUCCAGAAGCUGCUGGUGAACCGAGAAAAACUGCUAUUAUUCAGGCUGUCAUAGAUGGGUAUUCGGCACCACUAACCGCAGGGAACUUUGCAAAACUGGUGUUGGACGGGGCUUACGACGGGGUGAAACUUAACUGCACAGAACAAGCUGUUCUCUCCGACAGCAGCGCUUUGAAGGACAAGGGCUACAGCACUCCCCUAGAAAUUAAACCUUCGGGGCAGUUUGAGCCGCUCUACCGAACAAUGUUAAGCGUUCAGCUAACAUUCAAAGUCCCAAGUGAAGGAUGGGGAGCUUCCCGUGCUUCCACUAUCCGUUUACGGAGCAGUGGUGAUGGCUCACAGUGCAGACUCCGAGGAGUACUCCUCGCCGAACCAGUUCUUCUUCUAUCUCUACGACAAGAGAAACGCUGGCCUUGGCGGACUAUCCUUCGACGAAGGCCAAUUCUCGGUAUUCGGGUACUCAACCAAGGGAAGAGAGAUUUUGGCAGAGAUUAAAACAGGGGAUGUGAUCCGAUCUGCCCGGCUGGUGGACGGCCAAGAUCGACUUGUUCUGCCUCAACAAACUUAGAAAAAAGGUGCAUGCUGCUUCUUUCAACUAUUACUAUUAUUAUGUAAAAUAGCAAUACUCUCGAAGGAAAGCUAUAUUCGUCUUGUUAUUUUACAUUUUCGUAAGAAAGGUUAAAUGUUAAAUUGAUUUUUUUUAAUCUAUUAAGAUUUACAAGAUAUAA